GCUAUUGACGUAUUGCGGGUUGCGUGUCGGUUUGCCUGCACGUUAUCGGUUUGGUGGGCGUCUUAUCAGUGUUCGGAAACCUUUCAUUAAUUUUCGCAAUUUUCGCUUCCAAUUAAUUGAAAUACAAUUUUAUUACGAUUAAUAAUGAUUUAAAAUGAUCAAAAUGUGAAAAGUGAAAGUUUGUUUGUGUAUUUCUUGCCUUCGGCAAUUUUUAAAACACAGUAAUUUCAAGUAAUGAGCACCAUGCAGCAGGCCUGCAUGUCUUCACCGUCUUGGGAGUAGAUCCAUAUAAGUUAUAUAAUGAGCGAAGCUCAAAAAGUGUAUGGAAGAAUCUCACGAAGCAGAAUAUUCCCGCUUUAAACUAUGGUCACGUUUAUGAUUUUCUGAUAGAACGUCCGAGCUACGACGGCAAAGAACAGAAACGGGCCUUCAAGGCAACGGAAUCGUACAAAUUUUUCAUCGAUAGAUGGGUUGAAAAAAUAGUAAUGACGUCCAUCAAAAAUUAUGUAUUGGUGAUGGCCGAGGUGAAACAUUCCCAAAAAUUGAAUGAAAAGAACCUUGUGCCUUGUGUGUUGAUAAAUGAUGAACCGAAAAUCAUUUGCGCAGGCUGUACAUGUAUCGCCGGUCUUGAUGAGGCAUGCAGUCACGUCGGAGCUAUAUUGUAUUAUCUUCUCAGCUUGGCAAUUCAGAAAACGAGUGCAACUGAUACGACACGAACAUGGGGUGUACCAUCUCAAAAGUUUAAACUACUUCCUAAGAAAAUCGGAAAUAUUAAUUUUGUAGCAGCAGUGAAAAGAAAACGUAAUCCUGAGUUGAAAGCUAAGAAACAGAUCACUUUUAAGAAGUACCCAGCUGAGAAGAUCCAUGACCUGGCUAAUUUACAACAAUUCCUUCAAGGAUUGGAACCAUCGAAUCCGAAUUGUUCGGCAUUUAGCGUGGUACCGCCAUUUCAACAGAAUCUAGCUAGAAAAAUUGCGAAAUUUCCUUUGAUAUAUAAUCGUCUGUAUACUGACGAAAAUUUGUCAUUAAAUUAUGACGAAUUAGUAGAGAAAGGGAAGAACUUAAACUUCAACUUGACGAUCUCUGAAAUUGCGCAAGUUGAAUUGAAUACAAGAAAACAAAGUCACUGUGAUGAUUGGUUCAAAAUCAGAAAAGGUAGAAUUACUGCUUCUAUUGUAAAAGAAAUGUGCGCUGCACAAGGUAACUUUUCUAACAUGUCAUUGAUAAAGAAAAUCUGUUACGGAGUGAAGUUUUCCAACGCAGCAACUGACUGGGGAUGUAAACAUGAAUCUGAUGGUAUUAAUAAAUAUUUCUCCGUUCGUGAAAGCCAGCACUACGAUUUGGAGGUGGCUCCCAGUGGAUUUUUUAUACACCAUGCUUACUUUCAUUUGGGAGCGACUCCUGAUCAGCUUGUAAGAUGCGCCUGUUGCGGAAUAGGAAUUUUGGAAAUUAAAUGUCCAUUUUGUCUUCGAAAUAAAAAGAUGGCGGACUUAUUGUACCUGGAGGAGUCAAACGGUUCUUUAUCAUUACGUAAGAAUCAUAACUACCAUUAUCAAGUCCAACUUCAAUUGAUGUGCUGCGAUGUCCCAUAUGGAGAUUUUUUAGUUUGGAGUGAGUCAGAAGAACCUUUUAUUCAACGCAUUUACCCAGAUAGAGCUGUGCAACAAGAAAUAAUUCAAAAAAGUUCUGCUUUUUUUCACAACUCUAUUCUUCCGGAAUUACUGGCAAGAUAUGGCAGUCGUCUACGCAAGCUUCAACUAUAAGUUUUCUGUAGUUUAGUACUUUUUUUAUUCUCUUUUUAUUCUUUUUUGUUUUUUACUCUUACUCUUCAAAGUUUUAUUUACCUAUAAGUUGUUUUAUUAUGCUCGUUGAAAUAAAAACUGAUCUACGCAAGUUUCAACUAUAAGUUUUCUGUAGUUCAGUACUUUUUUUGUUCUCUUUUUAUUCUUUUUUGUUUUUUACUCUUACUCUUCAAAGUUUUAUUUACCUAUAAGUUGUUUUAUUGUGCUCGUUGAAUUGAAAUAAAAACUGAUGUACGCAAGCUUCAACUAUAAGUUUUCUGUAGUUUAGUACUUUUUUUGUUCUCUUUUUAUUCUGUUUUGUAUUUUACUCUUACUCUUCAAAGUUUUAUUUAUAAGUUGUUUUAUUGUGCUCGUUGAAAUAAAAACUGACGAUCCUUUUUCUAA